CCACUAUAUAUACGGUAGUGAUGAAAGCUUAAUUUCAGCACCACACAUAAGCUUUCCUUAGAGUUCAAAAGCUACAUACUACAAUCUCCUAGUUCCCGGUUGAGUUACAUCACCCUCAUAUAUACAGAUUUUUAGCAUAAUGGAUAUGGUAAGAGACCUUGCUUCAAAGAAGGCUGCAGUGAUCUUUACCAAGAGCUCGUGUUUCAUGUGCCAUAGCAUCAAGGCGCUCUUUUAUGAACUUGGUGCAAGCCCUGCAGUUCAUGAACUUGAUCAAAUCACAAAUGGGAAGGAAAUGGAAUAUGCUCUUCAGAGGCUAGGCUGUAAUCCUUCUGUCCCAGCAGUCUUCAUAGGGGGAAAAUAUAUAGGCUCUGCCAAAGACAUCAUAUCUCAACAUGUAGAUGGAUCUCUAAAAGAAAAGCUCAUCGAAGCCAAAGCCAUAUGGUUGUAAACACUUAAAAUCAUUUAUCCUGAUGAUGGUAUAGUACUAUCCAGUGUAAACUUUUUGUAAUAGGAAUGCUAAAAGCAGCUUCUAUACCAUGUUAAAAAAACAUUGUACCAAGGGCUUAUCUUUUUGUCAGCUCUGGUGAGAAGGUAUAAUUUAUGAAUGUAUCUUUCUAAUUAAGGCUUCUAAGACCUGAUAAAA